UAUCGCUAAAUCAAUAUUUUAUUAGACGGGAAGAGCAUCUGAGAUCAACUCAGUGAGUUGUGUGUGAUCCAGUAAUAACCCAAUCGACGAUCGACGCAGUGGGCUGGAGUGUUCGUAAUUAAUGCCAUGACUAUUGGACGACUGCUAUUAUUUACGAUGUAAAUUAUUUUUACGAAUCACUGACAAAUAAUUGUAGCUUAACUUUGGAAAGUGUAGAUAUAUCGUUUUGAGAAGUCAAAAUGAGCGAUGAAAAGCGACCACUACUUAUAUGCCCGAAUACUCCUAUUGAUAAUUCAGAGGUUCAAACAGUUGAAUUGGUGACCAGUCCAGAUUUAUCAACUAAAGAUGAGAAGCCUAAUAAAUGUGGAUAUAACCCUGCAUCUGAACGAUAUUUGGAACACCCAACGUCUAAUUUCGAUACUCUAAUCCACCUGUUGAAAGGCAAUAUUGGCACUGGGAUUUUGGCCAUGCCGGAUGCAUUCAAAAACGCUGGGCUAUUCUUGGGUGUGAUUGGAACAUUGUUAAUGGGUGCAAUAUGCACACAUUGUAUGCAUAUACUUGUCUCAUGCUCCCAUGAGUUAUGCAUCAGAAAUCAACGACCAGCCAUGAGUUUUGCUGAUGUAGUUGAGGACGCUUUUGCUAUGGGUCCUAUUUCAUUGAGGCCAUAUGCAAAAAAAAUCAGGAAUAUUGUCAAUAUAUUUCUAGUAAUAACACAAUUAGGAUUUUGCUGUGUUUACUUCUUGUUUGUUGCGACUAACCUGCAGGAUACAAUGCAUAUUUUUCACAUAAACCUCAGUGUACACAGCUACUUAGCAUUAUUGUUUCCACCAAUGCUAGCCCUGGGUAUGGUAAAGAACCUGAAAUAUUUGACACCAGUUUCUCUGAUCGCUGCUAUUAUGACAGCUUGGGGUCUGGUUAUAACAUUCUAUUAUAUCUUACAAGAUUUACCUCAUACUAGCACUGUGAAAGCGUUUGCGGGCUGGCAUCAAUUGCCAUUGUAUUUUGGAACAGCUAUAUAUGCUUUUGAAGGCAUUGGAGUGAUUUUGCCACUGGAAAAUAACAUGAAGACACCCGAAGACUUCGGAGGAUGGACCGGCGUUUUAAACACAGGGAUGGUGAUAGUAGCUGCACUUUAUACCGCCAUUGGCUUUUUUGGCUAUUUAAGAUACGGGGAUAGAGUUCUUGGCAGUAUAACUCUCAAUUUACCCAGCGACUUGCUAGCUCAAAGCGUAAGGGCGGUGAUGGCAGCUGCAAUUUUCCUCUCAUACGGACUUCAAUUCUACGUGCCAAUGAACAUUGUAUGGCCGUAUAUCAAAAGCAAAGUGACUUCAGAAAAGGCGUUGGCGUAUGGAGAGGCAGUGACGCGAUUUGUCCUCAUUUCGAUAACAUUUAUCGCAGCGGCGUUGAUACCUAACCUGAGCAGCAUAAUUUCACUUGUGGGAGCAUUCAGCAGUUCCGCACUGGCGCUUAUUUUCCCGCCUAUCAUCGAAAUCAUAACGUUCUGGCCCGACCGACUCGGCAGAAAGGACUGGAUGCUAUGGAAGGACAUAGUAAUUAUAAUCUUCGGCAUAACUGGUUUCGCAUUCGGCACAUACUCCAGUAUUAAAAAUAUUUUCAAUCACCAUUAAAUAAACACAUGCUCGGAUAGAGGACAACCGCAAAAUUAGUACCAAAGAAUACUUAUUUUGGUGCACAAUAAAUAAAAUGAGGCAUUUUUCAAAGGUUUUAAAAAAAAAUGCAAUUUUAAAAUAUGGAAAUGCUAUUUGAAUUUUUUUAAGCUGGUGUUUCAUUGAUGAUGGUAUUUAACGCAAAGUACACAAUCUGUAGAAGGAUGUCUUGACAGAUUGCCGCUUGCAAAUUGUCAAAUCUCACUUGAUGGCAUACCCUGAGGAUUGAACAGUGACAGUUCAACUGGUACAGAUUUAAUUUUAUAUGUAUUCUUUAUUAAUUAAUAUCUCGGGAAACCUUUAUAUUGUUUGGAAACAAAAAAAUCCAAUAGGCGAGAAAUUGCUGCUUUACAUUCUAAUUUGAUUCGGUACCAAAUCUAUGGAAAGUUGCGGUUGUUCUUUACAAUGCAACAUCAUUAUUGGUGUAGCUAUGCAUAGAUAUCGUAAACUCUGGUACAGUCAUUGUUAUUAACGUUCUGUUUACUCUUGUUUAAAAUCAAAACUAAUAUUCUGGGGGGUGGUAGGCAAUAUUCACGGGGUGUUUGUGCAACGCUCUAAAGUGGUUCUUCUGUAUUAUGUUGUUAAGUCAAAACAUGCCAGCUGGCUCGUGUUGUUGUACACGAUUUAUGAAUUCUAGUUUUCGGUUCGAUUAAUUUUAACACAUACUUAAUACGGAAAAUAAAAAAGGUUAUUUAAAGUUAUAUAUUUUUAAGAAAAAAAAU